UAUUGUUCUUAACCUGUGUGUCGCUUCUUCAGUAGUCAAUGAGCGAACGCUAUGAUUCAGUUUGCUUCGGGAAAAGCCUGCUGAACCAGACGUAUCCCUUAUGCAUAUGAUGCAUUUCCUGGUUUUCGGGUAAACGCAAGCGGAUCAGCUGAGAUGAUUGAAUGAGCAAACGAGAGAGGGCAACUCGUGAAUGCUGGGCUUAUUCCGAUCGUCGUCACGUAUCUAGCUGUCGAGGAAUAAUAACCUGUGCAUAAUAAAAGACAGCGUGCCAGGAUUACUCUUGAACUGAAAAUAUUUUGUAAUGUUUGAAACAGAGCUGAAUUUUGCACUGACACUCAUCCAACUCUGAUCUUUAAUUAUAAGCUGCAUAUGUAGGUAUGAAGUCAUGUCAAUGGUGAUUCACCAUUCUGAACUAUUGGUCGAAUAGCCUACACGAUUCUUUCCGUUUGUGUCUGAAUCAGCUGAGAUUUUGCGUCGGAUCUGUGACAUUAAUGCGACUUGCAUUGAUAUUGUUAUGAGGCUCCGCUGAGCUCGCAUCUACCUCGGUUAACUGCUGCAUUUUCUUGUGUUGUGUUGUAUUGAGAUUGCUGUCUCACAAGCUGUCAGGCUUUAUCGAAGUAUUCAUAAUAAUCUGGCUGUAUUUCAUGAUUUGAUACUUGAAUUAAUUAUUCGCUGGUUGGAUAAUGAAGAAGUUCUUUGACACCCGACGGGAGAUGGUGAGCUCCGGGCCCGGUUCUGGAGUCGGUGUGGGAGGAGGCGCGGGGUCCGGCAGUGGCGGCACGUUCAUCGGAAGGGUUUUCACCAUAGGACGGCAUCAAGUUACCGUGGAGGAAACGGUGGCGGAAGGUGGUUUUGCCAUCGUAUUCCUGGUGAGAACUCACCAGGGCAUCCGCUGCGCGCUGAAGAGGAUGUAUGUCAACAAUGAAUACGACCUUCAAGUGUGCAAAAUGGAGAUUCAGAUUAUGAAGGAUCUUGUUGGGAACAAAAAUAUAGUUGGUUUCCUGGACUCCAGCAUCACAGCAGUAGGGUCAGGAGAAGUUUGGGAAGUUCUCAUACUCAUGGACUUCUGUAGAGGUGGGCAGGUAGUGAAUCUGAUGAAUCAGCGUUUGCAGACUGGAUUCAGUGAAUCAGAGGUUCUGCAGAUCUUCUGCGACACUUGUGAAGCCGUUGCACGACUACACCAGUGCAAAUCUCCCAUCAUCCACCGGGACCUCAAAGUGGAGAACAUCUUGCUGCAUGACAGAGGUCAUUAUGUGUUGUGUGAUUUUGGCAGUGCCACUAACAGAUCCCAGAAUCCUCAAGCAGAAGGUGUGGCGACUGUAGAAGAGGAGAUCAAGAAGUACACUACUCUUUCAUACCGGGCCCCAGAAAUGGUGAAUCUCUAUGGGGGGAAGGUUAUAACUACUAAAGCAGAUAUUUGGGCUUUGGGCUGUUUGUUGUAUAAGUUGUGUUAUUUCACAUUGCCCUUUGGAGAGAGUCAGGUGGCCAUUUGUGACGGCAGCUUCACCAUUCCAGACAACUCUCGCUACUCACAUGAUAUGCACUGUCUUAUCCGUUACAUGCUUGAGCCGGACCCUGACGUAAGGCCUGAUAUCUACCAGGUGUCAUAUUUCGCCUUUAAACUUGCAGGGAAAGAAUGCCCAGUUCAGAAUUUUCACAAUUCACCCAUUCCAGCCAAACUCCCAGAGCCAAUCAGAGCCAGUGAAGCUGUGGCCAAGAAGAGUCAAAACAAAGCCAGGCUUUCUGAUCCAAUCCCCACGACUGAGACUUCAAUAGCGCCACGGCAACGACCCAAAGCCAGCCAGGCUCAACCGAUCACAGGCAUCCUGGCCAUACAACCGGCUCUCACGCCUCGCAAAAGAGCCAGUGUGCCUACUGGACCAGCCCAGCCAAUCAAUGUUAGUAUAGCUGCCAAGCCUGUUGCUCCUGGCCAAUUACAGAACCCUCAGCUUCAACAGAUUCCUGUUGCUCAGCAACAAGCCACUCCCAAUCCAAUACAGGGCACUUCAUCUCCACCUCAGACCACACCCCAGCAUGGACAAAUGUAUGUGCAACAGCAACCUGCAGCACUUUUUACUGGUCAACAACAGUCUGUAGCUGUGAGUCGUGGGGCGCAUAAAUUCGGCUCUUUGACUCCUCCCUCUUCUCCUAAGACUGCUCCAAAGGCAGGGCACAGACGAAUUCUGAGCGAUGUCACACGCAGCACCAUAUUUGGAGUUCCUGUAAGUCAGUCCACUCAACUGCUUCAAGCCGCCGCAGCAGAGGCCAGCCUGAACAAGUCCAAGUCAGCUAGCACCACUCCCUCUGGUUCUCCACGUUCAUCUCAGCAGAGUGUUUAUCAGUCAGGGGACGCUUCAGGCUCAUCGGCUGGAGCCCUAGCAUCGUGGAACCCCUUUGGUGAUGAUAAUUUCUGCAAACUUACAGCAGAAGAGCUGCUCAACAAGGACUUUGCCAAACUUGAUGAGAAGUUGAUCGAGGGUUUGAAGUCUCCCGAGCCCUCUUCCUCCCUCAUUCUCCCUGAUCUUCCAUUGAAUGACCCCUUCAGCCCUGCAGACUUUAGUCAUGCUGGGAUGGAUUCUCUGAUUCCUGGUCUGGACCCUCUGAAGGCUGAUCUUGGGUCAGCCACACAACAAGAAUCUUUUGUGUCAGGAGAUUCUUUUUUUGACAGUUCUCUACUCUCUCACCCCUCCUCUGGGGCUCAAAUACUGGCUUCAUCACCCUCAUCUCUCCCUGCCUUGUCUAUGGACCAGUUUACCCCUGCUGCUCUAAGCAGUGGACAGUCACUCCAGGCCUCUGAUCUGGUUCACUCCCUCUCCAGCUUCCAGUCCUCUGAGACUGGGGACCAAAGCUCUGAUAAUCAGUUUGACCCAAUUCCAGUGCUUGUCUCCAAAACCUCUAGCAAAGAUUCCAACAGGAAGAGUGAUGGGUUUGAAACCCUUUUAGAGGCAGGUGGUAUUGAGAACCCUGUUGAAGCCUGUCUUCAUUCCAGUGAUGAAGAUGAAAGUGUUGAGAAAGAAGAACUGAGGUCACAGGUGAGUGACGUCGAAACUCCCAGUCUGGACUGUAGUGGUUCCAGACCUUUACUUCAAGACUCAGAUGAGGAUGAAGCCCAAAGUAUCCUUCAGAUUUCCUCAGAAUCUGUUCCACAAUCCUCUCUGGUUAUGCAACAGAACACAGUAUCUGCUCAUGCUCAAAACCACUCGCCUCAACUCCCAUUACAAGUCCAACGUCCCGAUAAGGAUCCAAAUCUCAAUGUCUUCUCCAAAGCUCCAUUUCAAAUCGGACAAGAAGCAGAUAGCGAUGGAGAUGUGUUUGCCAAUGCUCCUUUUCCUCGCCCCUCGACACACUCCCAGCAGUCUGACGUCUUCCUCCAAGCCCCCUUUGGUAGGAAGAAGGAAACUUCUGGAAAGGUUUACACCCAUCCAGUGGCCCUGCCUCAAUUUGUACACCCCCAUCAGGGUCUUUCCCAUCAAGUCAGCCUUGAACAGAGCAUGCUUGGCCAGGUGACCCCUCUGCCCUUUCGACCCCAGGCACUCUCAAAGUAUUCCAGACACUAUGAAGGACCAGUUACCACAGACCCUAAUGUGUCCAAUCUGACAUCUGAUGUCACUUCCUGUGACCCGUUUGUAUCAGCACCUUUUCACCUUAAAGGCCGACUUGAUAAACUUGAUAAACACUGACAUUGUAGCAUAUGUAAAACCGCACAAUCUACUGCACACUCAAAUUUCAGCUUAACACCCAAGACCUUUAAUUGCUCUGAUAAAAGGCUAUGUUAGGGGUAGGCCUUCAGUAUACUGAAGAAUAAAGCACAUUUCUGGGUAUAGUUUGGAUUGUGUGACAUCUUUUGCUACCUCAGCACAUUCUUAUGCUGUCAAGAUUCUCAAUUUCAAAAUGUGCAAACUUUCCCUGAAAAUGUCAUUGGAGAUCCAGAUACAAUUCUGUUGCAUGUUUGAAUCCAAUGCUACAUUUGUUUAGUAUUCAGUACAGACUGCACAUUCCCUUUUAUUAUGUUAAAACAUGGACAGCUCAGGUAGCAAGACACUGAUAAGAGCUGUUAUCCCUGUUCAAUCCACAUAAUCUUUCAUUUUAUGCAGUAAAUGCACGAAAAAUCAAUGCUCAAAUUCAGUUGAACCCUAGAACGCAUUUGUAACUACAACGUCCUAAAAUGCAUAUGUGGGUCAAAAUAGUGCCAGCUGAAAUCUAGCUGCUUAUUCUUUAUAAAACUUUUUUUUAAAUGAUUACUGCAUCUUUUUAUUUAAUUCUGAAUGGGUUCAGACACAUUGAAAAUGGAUUAGGACUUUUUAGGUGACAGUGUAAAAAGCUCUAUAGAAGAAAUAUUGGCAAUUUUCAUGUUUAGUGGUAAAAUAGGAAAUGUCUCAACAACACUAACCACACAAACACUAAACUUACAAAUGUAGUUAGAAAGUUGUAAAGUAACCUUAUAUUACUGAAAGAAAAGUUGCGUUAGACAAGACAUUAACUUCAAGUUGCUCCUUUAGGACUGUGCUUGAAUGAAGUAUAGUGUCAUGAACUUUGGAUAAAAGCAUUGUCUGAAUGACAAAUUGUAUACUUGCGCACAACACAUAAGAUUUAAAGUGAGCAUGGUAUUUGACAUUUAAUAGCAUUACAAAUGGAAACUGAAAACAUUAAAUGUAUUACAAGAGUUAUCCCAGUGUUAAAUGCAUUGAACGCCACUGGACCCCAUAUGCAUUCUAGGGGAAGUGAUGCAAACAGAUUUCAGAUCAGUGUCAGAUCUAGAGACCUCUUUAUGUAAAAAGAAUGUCUUCAAAAUGAGAAGCUGGGUCAUUUUUGACCCACAAAUCUGUUCUUGGUUUUAACCUGUGAAACACUAUUACAGAUGUUCCCAUUUUAUUUGUGCAUCUCCAUUACAUCUGUCUUGCUCUAUCUCUCUCCUCCAACCCCCAAGUCUCUACACAUGUGGCUGUAGGUAUUAGAGUAUUAAGGUUGUUUUUGUUGAAAUAGAGAGGUGCAUCAUAUUUACACUUUUUCAAUGACGCCAAGAAUAAUGAGGUCACAUUUAUAUUGCAUGGGGUAAAAUGUAGGUGUGUCCACAUCACUCUUGUUGAAAAGAGAUUUUAUAUGUGUGAGAUUGGGGAUUGUUCAUAUUUACGUUGAAGUAACCUUGAUUGUGAGGAAUUUGAAAGCACUUGCUGGUGAAGGUUGAAGUGAUCAUAAAAAAAAAUUAUAUAUAAAAGAUUGUUUGAAAAGUGUCAUGGAGUUGAUUUAUUUAUAUAUAAAAUGUGUUGCCCGUUAGUUUACUAGGCCAUCUGGGUUAUUCCUACAAUUUGGUGUUAUUUCAGCUUUGAAACUUAUGGAAAAUGAAACAUCCGGUUAGAGGCAUCAUUGUUAAAAGGUACAUGUUAAAGAUUUUAUAAAUCAUAGAGGUCAAGCUAAAUGACUUGCUGUAAAAAAGUCAGACAUCUGUGCAUGACCCGGGCAUCAAUACAGGCUUUUAACAUGAUAUGUGGAUUUUUGGACAUUUACAAAUUAAGAUUUUUACCUAUAAAUCACUUCUUACAUUUGCCGCUUUCCCAUACUCUCGCACACACUUUAGUCCCUCACUGGGACUGCAAAGUGUUUAAUGCGCACACACAUACAGUCCUCUACAAAACAGGCAUGACAGAUGUAACAAACAAACUGAAUCAAAAGGUACUACUGUCUAAAGGGGGUGUGGUGAGUCAAAAGUAAUGGCAAAUAGUCCAAAUAGGGCUUGAGGAAAUUGUCCACAUUUAACUCUGUAGCCACCUGAUGCAGAAAUUGUGCAUCAACAUUCAGCUCUUCAGCUUAAAAAGCUAAUAAAUUAGUAUUAAUGUUGUACACUUGAGUUGUGCAGUUGAUUUGAAGUUUAGUUGGGGAAUCAUUUUCAUAAAUUCAGAAAGUUGAAUUAAGUAAUAAGAAAUCCAUUUAAAGUUCUAGUAAUUCUCACCUUAGAUGUUAAUGAAUUGUAGAUCGUGCUCUAU